AUGAGCAGCACGCAAUACAUGUGGAAGGAGCUCUGCGUGCAGAUAUCCGAGCUUGCCGACGCAACGGCGGCCGAGAACGAAGAGCUCAUCGCAACAAAGAAAAAACUCGAAGCUGAGCUCCAACAGCUCAAACGUACGACUACAACCGGAUUCGGGACCCACCGCAUGGUGUCAAGCGCCAGCGCCGCUCCCGGGCCUGAUGGUCCCUCGCUAGCGCUAUGCGUCGUAGACGGCUGGCGCACCUCGUUCGCCGUGCGUUUCGUCAAACAAGGUGAAGCCGGUGGCCGCGCAGCAGGCCAAGCCCUCCUGCGCGCGCUGUACACGGAACUCGAGCUCCCUCCCGGUAUCUCGGACGCUCAGUUGCCUGUGUGGACGAGCGUCUUUCUCUCAAGCCGCGCGCUCGUUGCUGGACUCGUAAAGCAGGAGACUUGCUCGUCCGACGAGAUUGAAGGGUUUGUGAAGGGGCUCGUGCAGUCGCAUAAGUCUCUGGUGCUUGUUGAUGUUGCUAGUAAGAAGGACGUUGACGAGAAGAUGAGAGCGUACAUGACGACCUUUUCGCGUCUUCCGCAGGUUAAGCGCGUCUUCUUCGCAGGCGGAUUCGCGUCACCCUUCGCCUCCAUCGCACGCGAGCUCCCCUACGACAAGCUCGUCUUCCUCCGCAACAAAGGCUCCGCGACGCCCCCAGCCAUGGACCCAAAAGUGCCCGUCCUAUUCCUCGAAGACGUGUUUGCGGACAUGUCCCUCUUCGACACCACCGUCAACCCUACGUCACCCGCUUCACCCGUCACUGCGCCGAGCCCGACGCCGCCGCUGUUCUCGCCUGGUCUGUUCAGUGGGUCUAUGACACGUGCUUCUGGAGGGCGACUGGGAGAUGAUAUGCUGCGGUCGCCUAUGUCAGUCCUGUCUGAGGAUGAGCGGCCUGUUCCUGUGAUUGAUACUACGCUGCCACUGAACAAACAAGUUCCCCCGCCGUGCUAUCUUCACUACCUCCUGGGGAAAUGUUCUCACGGUGGAAUCUGCACUUACGAACACCGCUACGAGCUGACCGAAACGCAGCUCAAACAGCUGCGCCAGCUCGCGAAGAAACAGCCGUGCGCGUUCGCGGCGAAAGGCCAAAUGUGUCUGUUCGACGAGCAAUGCGUGUACGGCCAUGAGUGCCCGUAUGGGAUCGCGCGCUGCCGGUUCCUUGUCGAGGAGAAGUGUCGCUUCACGAGGGAGAUGCACAAGUAG